AUGGCGGACGUCGCAGCGAGCGACCCUAUUUUUUCGUCGUAUAUUCUUGCCAGCGCCGCAGAUUUGACAGAGUUUGUAUGGAAGAAGCAUGUGCACUCCAUCUAUCUCCCCAUUGCCGUGAUUGCCGUAGUCCACGCUGUACGCAUUAGCAUUGUGACGCGUCUUGUGAGUGGCGGCAAGCAGUCGCAGCUCCCACUUUUCCAGAGUAUGGUGCUAAACAUGGUAGUGCUUUUUGGAGGCUCUACGCUUGUUGCAGUACUGCUCGGAAUCCAGCUGCCUGUGCUUGUAUCGCCGCUCGCUAUCGCAGUUUACUCGACGGUGCACGCAAGUCUGUACCUCAGUGGACUUGGUACCAUGUUGGUGCACCUGCACACAGCGACACAGCCAUUCAUGGAUAUUAUUCUUGCGAUGGUUGACGCACUGUGCCGCACAGAAGCGAUUGCAUCCUACGGACUGGUCCAAAUGGAGCAGCAUAGCAGCCCCAGCGUCGCAAGCUCCUUCUUUGCAAAGUUGGUCAUCGGGGCGCUUAUCAGCGGCGGUGCACCGCUGAUCAUCACUGCAUUCCAGCUGAAUGCGCCAAAGUGGGGUUUCGUGACACCGCCAUGGGUCGAGCGGCCCACGAUGCUGCUCAACAAAGACUUGGUUGGUGGCAUGGUCGUCGUCACGACGCUUACAUGGCUCACUGCUCCAAAAGCGUCGUCUUGGACUGCAUGGAUCGCGCCGCAUCAUAGGGUCUCCGAUGUCUUCGCGCGUUUCUUGAGUGUGCAUCCUACGUGGCGCGCGGCGGAGAAGCCGUUGCAGCACCUUCGCUCGGUGCCGUACCUGUCUAUGCGCGAAGCCAAGAUUGUGAGCAUUGUGGCCAUGUACUGCGUCCUUGCAGCGCCCAUUUUGGUAGGCAGUGUGCUGGCAUGGUUCAAGCGUGCGUCGCAAAAGGCCGUCCCUCGGCGAGGACGCGCGCCGAAAUCGAAAAAGGAAGCGGUGAGCAUCGUCGAGGCGUUGGAAGUCGAGGCAGCAGCGACUGGAGUAGAAGCCACGCCUGCUCCUGCGCCGCGCCGGCGUGGACGCCCAAAGAAGAAACAGUAA